AUGUUCGAGACAUUGCCCCUCGAGGGCCGGGCCCUGGCCAUCUUCGUCGUCUCGGCGGUGAUGGCCGCGUUGUCCAUCAUCACCGUGGCGAUGCGAUGCUUUGUUCGGCUGUACAUCGUGCGCGCGUUUGGGUGGGACGAUGGGCUGAUGCUGAUUGCGCUGGCGCUGUUCAUCGUCCUCGCCAUCCUGUGUAUGAUCGGACCGCUGGCGGGAAUUGGGCACAAGAUGAGCGAAUUCGACACGCUGACUUCGCUGAGAGAUGCCCUGCUGGUAUGGUGGUUAGGCCAAAUGCUCUACCUGUGGGCCUCCGCCGUCGCCAAGAUCGCCAUUGCCCUCGCUCUCCUCCGACUGGCCGUGAACCGGGUCUAUCGCAUAAUGCUCUGGACAAUCAUCGCCAUAGUUAUCGCUAUCGGCCUCGUGUUUUGGCUAAUCCUCCUCUUCGACUGCCAGCCCGUCUCUUAUUUCUGGGAGCGCGUCACCUUGGUCGCGCACGGCAAAUGCCUGUCCACGGACAUUCUGCUCAUCAUCGCCUACCUUUACAGUGGACUCACCAUCGUAUGCGACUUUGCUCUGGGGAUUCUUCCAGCCUGCUUGAUCUGGGGACUGCAGAUGACGCAGAGGACAAAGACGGCUUUAGUUGGAAUCUUGAGUUUGGGAGCCAUUGCGAGUGUCGCCGUGGUCAUCCGACUCCCAUACCUCAAGAACUACGCCGAUAUCGAUUUCCUCUUCUCAACAUAUCAAAUCGCCAUCUGGUCCAUCAUGGAAACCGGCCUCGCCAUCAUCGCCGGCAGCCUCAUCACCCUCCGCCCACUCUUCCGCUGGUUCCUCGACGGGAGCUCCUCUUACCGCCGAAAGCGACGCAGCGGCCGCAGCGGAGGCCAAUACGCGCUGUCGAAUCUCACAGCCAAUGCUUCGAAGCCCGGAUCGCAUCAGCCGAGAUACUGGCGGCCGGAUGUAGGCGAGGACUCGACGAACGUGGUGGUGACAUCCAUUUCAUCGCCGAAUGGGCAGAGCCACGGCGACAACAGUAGCCAGGAGGAUCUGAAUCCGAGUCCCUCUCCGCGACACAUGAAGAACCAGGUCAGCGUGCAUAAGACGUUUAUGGUGUCGAACAGCGAGCACUAUUAA